UCACAUGUCCGACAGCCCGUGAAGGCAGCACAGACAGCGGCGCAGAGCAAGCAGAGCAGCGGGGCGACAGACGGAGCCUCCACCGCUGGAAAACUGGACAUUAACCGCCGCUAUAGCCACGUUUAACUUUUAAUUCACCUUUUCACAAGUGAACUCUUUACCCGAGUGACACUGGGAGGAAUUUACCGCGAGGAAACGGCGGAAAGAGGGAGAGGAAGAGGAGGGAGAGGAGUCGCUGCUGUGGACCAGAGCCGGUCCAGCGGUCCAGCGCUCUGCUCAGCCCGGCGGUCAUGUUCGGCACAAGAAAGACCUGGGAUCUCGGCCACGCCCCCUGCCUGCAGGAGCUCUGGAAGAAAGACAUCUCAUUGGACGCGAGCUCAGUGGACUUCCUGAUGAGUGAUGGUGAAGACGACGGCUCCUUCCUGUCUCUGCCCACCGCCGCCUUCUCACAGCGCCCCUCUCUGACCGCAGAGCUGAACGAAACAAACGCACCCAGCCAGCAGCUGCUCAUCCAGACUCUACAGGACAAAGUGUGUGAGUUUCAGGCUCGUCUUCGCUCUGAGGAAGUCACCCGUCACCUGCUGGUGCAGCAGCUGCAGCAGCAGCAGCAGCAGAGCGUCCAGGAGAAGACGAGCGGCGCUCAGACGCUGCAGGAGGAAGAGCAGCCGUCAGCCAACGGUGUGCGGGCGCUGCAGCCAGGUGAGCAGCCUUCAGGUCGUCUCAGCUGUCCAGAAGAAGAGCAGCUCGUUACUCGGCUGCGCAAACAGGUGGAGGAGCUGGAGGAGAAGCUGUUGGAUCAGACUCAGGAGGUGGAGAGACUUCGCUCUGAGCUGGGGGCGACGGACCUGGAGAAGCAGCUGGAGCUGCUGGUGGUGGAGAACGAGCGUCUGAAGCAGGAGCUGAAGUCAUGCAGGAGCUCAGAGCUGCAGAACCUCGACACUGCUGCAGAGAACUGCAGCUGCAGCCACAGCCAGGAUGCGGAGGCCCUGCGGAGGGAGGUGUCCCGCUGGGAGAGCCAGGCCCGGCAGAGGGAGCGACGGCUGGCUGAGCUGGAGCGAGAGCUGCUGGAGAAAACCGCCAAGGUGGAGGCUCUGCAGAGGCAGCUGGACGAGUCCACGCGGCAGCUGGACGCCGGCCGGCGGCAGCUGGAGGAAUCCCGGCUGAGGCAGGGGGACGCCGAGCAGAAACUCACCCUCCGACUGCAGGAGUGCGAGGAGGAGCUGGCCCGACAGGCGGCCAUGCCCCCGAAAGUGAAGUUCGUGACUCAGACGGUGGAGGUGGAGUCGGCCGACUCUCAGAAAGCUCUGGCUGACAUGCAGGUGAAGAACGGCGCCCUGCAGGAGCAGCUGGCCGUGCAGAGGCAGCUGCUGCGAGAGCUGGAGACGCAGCUGCACGAGUCACAGCGGACCUGCGCUCAGCUGAGGACGCAGAUCCUGGUGUACGAAGGCGAGAUGGAGCGCGCUCAGGGGCAGCUGGAGGCCGAGAUGCAGAACCUGGAGGAGGAGAAGAACCGUGUGAUCGAGGAGGCGUUCAUCAGAGCCGAGAGCGAGAUGAAAGCUGUGCACGAGAACCUGGCAGGGGUGCGUAUGAACCUGCUGAGUCUGCAGCCGGCCCUCCGGACGCUCACCUGCGACUACAACUGUCUGAAGAGGCAGGUGCAGGAGUUUCCCUUCAUGCUGGACAAAGCUAUCACAGAAGCCAAGCAGGAGAUCUGUCAGGUGAUCAGCGAGGUGAGCACCACCAACCAGGAGCUGCUGCGUAAAUACAAGAGAGAGAUGAACCUGAGGAAGAAAUGUCACAACGAGCUGGUUCGACUCAAAGGUAACAUCCGUGUGUUCUGCCGCGUCCGGCCGGUCAGUCAGGAGGAGCAGGACUCCGCCGACGCCAGAACCAUGCUGAGCUUCGACUCGGACGACGACGCCAUCCUCUACCUCUCCAACAAGGGCAAAGUCAUGACCUUUGAACUGGAUAAAGUCUUCCCGCCUCAGGCCACGCAGGAAGAGGUGUUUCAGGAGGUCCAGUCUCUGGUCACUUCCUGUAUCGACGGCUUUAACGUCUGCAUCUUCGCCUACGGACAGACGGGCUCCGGGAAGACUUACACCAUGGAGGGCGUGGUCGACGACCCCGGCAUCAACCAGCGAGCUCUGCGCCUGCUGUUCUCUGAGGUGACGGAGAAAGCUCCGGACUGGGACUACAAGAUCACCGUCAGCAUGGUGGAGAUCUACAACGAGACUCUGCGGAACCUGCUGGGAGAAAAUCCCACCGACAAACUGGACAUCAAGAUGAACCCUGACGGCAGCGGACAGCUCUACGUCCCCGGACUGACCGAGUUCACCGUCCAGAGCCCCGAGGACAUCAACCGGGUGUUUGAGUUGGGUCACAUGAACAGAGCGACGGCCUGCACCAACCUGAACGAACACAGCUCUCGCUCACACGCUCUGCUCAUCAUCACCGUGUCCGGAUUCAACUCCGCCACCGGAAACUGCACACAGGGGAAGCUGAACCUGGUGGACCUGGCGGGCUCCGAGCGGAUCGGUAAGUCGGGCGCGGAGGGCAGCCGCCUCCGAGAAGCUCAGUGCAUCAACAAAUCUCUGUCGGCGCUCGGUGACGUCAUCAACGCCCUGAGGAGCAAACACUCCCACGUCCCGUUCAGAAACUCCCGCCUCACCUACCUGCUGCAGGACUCUCUGAGCGGAGACAGCAAGACGCUCAUGAUGGUGCAGGUUUCUCCGUUGCCCAGCAACAUGAGCGAGUCGGUGUGCUCGCUGAAGUUCGCCCAGCGCGUUCGCAGCGUGGAGCUGAACUCCGCCUCCUCGUCUUCCAGGAGACACGAGAACUCGUCCACCUCGUCCUCGCCGACCCACGACAGCGUCGAGCUGGACUCGCCCCCGGUCACCCCGGUGCCCCUCCCCAUCUCUCGGGCCAGCAGCGCCGGCUCCACCCUGUCCUCCGCCUCCAGAACUCCCAGUAGCUCCCGCAGGAGGUCCCAGUCCCAGCUGUCCACAGACAGACAGGUAGACAGAGCCAGCCCAUUGGUGGGGGACGGUGGGCAGGACGACUGAAGCUGACGGCCUGAGCAACCCGGAGACGAUGCUGUUUGAAUGUCCGGGUCUGAGCGCAGGGCGUCGGCCAACACCCUGAGGCUCCCCCCCCACCUCCCCUCCCCCCGCCGCCGCUGGGACUCCACCUCGCCUCGCUGGAUUUAUUAUCCUCCUCAGCCGCCUAGUAGCAAAGACUGAUGGGAACUUCACGGGGCAGAAAAACCUAAUCUCCAGACUCUGAUCUGUCAUCUAUCAGCAGAGAACAUGGCCAAAUAUAUUGAUUUCUGUGUCUUCUUGCUGUGCUGACUGAUUCUACAACCUGACAGGACUCCAGUGACUCUGAGAAACCACUGAAGCCCCUCGAAGUUCUCGAGCUCUUCCCAUCUGAACUGAACUGAAAUCCUUGCUAACAUCUCCUACCCCCCCCCCCGAAAAUCAGUAUAUGCUUUCCAAUCACAGUAUUUCUUUUAUUGUUUCUUUGUAAAGUUGCACUUUAAACUUCUAGAUUAUUUUCUAACCCACAAUCCAAGAUGUGGUUGAUUAUAAUAUAUGCAUAAUAUGGUUUAUAUAUUUAUGUUUGACAUGCUUUAAUCUUUUUUUUUUUGUUAAAUUUUGACUUUUUUCUUUUUGGUGGAGGAUGCGGACAUCGGGGGAAAAUUAAGAUUAAUUUGAGUUCUCAGUUUUUCCCCGUGUGUCCUCAGUCCUCUGUCUUAGUUUUCUUGCGGAGGCUGUCUUCACGUCCUCAAAGUCCUCCUUUAUCCAAUCAGGGUACUCCACUGAUACCGAGCUGUCCAAUAGGACAUGAGCAAUAUGCGGCAAUCUUCUCAUGUGUACAUGAUUAUUGUUUUUUUUGAUGCUCUUCUGUUCCUGUGGAUGUUUGUUUUUCAUGCAGAGCGGACGAAGCUUCGUCUUCCUUCAGCUCGUUGAAGUUGAACAAAAAAGAUGCUCAAACCUUCUUAACUUUCCUCGACUGUUUAUCUCGAUGUGCUCCUGCAGUCCUCACGUCACCUCUGUAUUAAAAAAAAAAUCUAGGAAACCACAGGUGACCUUUAACCUCAGACAGAGCAGAUGGUCCUGUAGCUGUUGACCCGGUGCUGAGCUGGAGGUGACGCAGGACGAGUAAACUGUGUGUUGUAGUUGUAGUUAGCAGGAAUGAUUAGAAACACGAUGAGCUGCUGUGUGUUGUUGAUCUGAAGAUCAACUUGUCUGCUUGCUUUGUCGCCACUGUAGAUUUCUACAGUUUGGUUUUUUUGUAUUCCCUUUUUAAUAAACACUCCAAAACAAACACAUAACUCUCUAGUCCAUGUUGACGUACAGUGACAUAUUCAAAGGAAUAGUUAGAUACAUUUUGGGAAAUACUCUUAUUCACUGAAAUACAGAGCUGGAUUCAGGAUGUGGUUAGCCUAGCUUAGCAUAAAGAGUGGAAACAGCUAGCCUGGCUCUGUCCAAAAUUCAAAAAUACACCAACAAAUGUAAUGACUACAGUGUGUGGUUUUAGGGGGCUUUACAUGGAACUAUUUCUUGUUGAACAACAGUUGGUGCAGCUUCCUGAAGUCUUGUCAUCACAGUGAGGUUGACCAGUUUGGUACCAUUGUGCCUGUACAGACACUAAACCCAAACAUGUGCUCACCGACUGUUUCUGACAACCGAACUGCACUAGAGUUGGAAAUGCUGCAUAGAAGCGCUUGGCGGAUGGAUAUGCUGUUAUUCUGCAUGUAACUGCCCCUUAAAUUCAUAAACUCAGGCUGGCUGUUUCCCCCCUGCGUCCAGUCUUUAUGAUAAGCUAAUCAGCUUCAAGGAGGAAACAUGGCAACUAAAGGUGGAGUUGCAAAGGUCGUCCAACUACAUGUACUGAAAGGUUCACAGUUUUCAAGUGUCUUAAAACAAUAAGGACAUUGGUACUUUGUAGGACUUUUGUCAUACAUUUGAACCAUGACUCUGUAUCCCUCAAGGUCUUCUCUGUAGUGGUAUCAGAAGGUUUUGGUUUUAUUUGUUCAGGUUUAGAGAUGUCUGUCUCUGAGAUUUCUGCUUUCAACCUCAGUACAGAGGAGCUGAAAUUCAACAGUAAUAUCUCUCCACUGAACGACUGGACUCUUUUUGUUGGAACUACUUCUAUUUGAAGUCUUUUUAAGUUUUACCUUGAAUGCAUCAUUUUUCCACAUUGACCCCCAUCACUUAUGAUCUUUUAAUAUCCAGUAUGAACAGGAGGAAUGAUUACAGCGAGGAAAACCUCUUUCACUGUUCAUACGGACACCUGACUGCUGUGAACUCGUCCUUUAAACUCUGUUCAGCUGCAGUUUCUCUCAUGUCCACUAGAUGCUGCUGCAAGAAAACUCUGUACUGAAGUAAAUGAGAAAAGCCCCAAUAAACUCAGCUGUCACCUCUUGA